GUCGGCCUCAAAAAUGGCAUCCCAGUCACAGGCUCAUCUGCAGAUCUUCACACCGGACCAAGCUCCGAAAAAAGAGUAUUACAAAUUCCAUCUCUUCCCCCAGCUUGCAAAGGAACUACGCGAGAAGAUAUGGAUGCAUGCGCUACAACACCCGCGUAUUAUUCAUCUUACGCUCUAUGACCCGGAUUACCCGCCUUCAACAGGUAACAAUGCAGAAGGAACCACGGAAUUUCCCAAGAAUCGCGAGUCUUUCUGGGCAAUUGCGGAUGGGCAUCAAACUAUAAGCAAAUUAUUUCGUGUCAACAGCGACUCCAGAGAAGCGGCCUUGACAUUUUACCACAUCCGUUUUCUGUGUAAGCUUAGGACAAUUGGGGGAUUUGUAAAAUGCGGCAUCAUCUACUUCAAUCCUGAAAAUGAUUUCCUUCGUAUUACAUCUAAUUGGUCAGUAAAGCACACGCUAUUCAAUUUCAUGUACCACCUAAAGAACACUUACGAUCGCCGUGGAAUCGGUCUCCUCAAUCUGGUAGUUACGACAAACGACAUAACAGGAAAUGUCUUGCUUCUCACAAACCCAUCAGUUCCAGAACUUAAGGGGAGAGGAAUAAUGGCUUUCAAACAGAUUAUGAAGAAUAUUCGCAAGAUUAUCUUCUACUCUACCAUUCGAGCAGGCCGCCUAAUCCUAGGCCCUCAUAGCGGAGUAUUGACGCGAGAUAUAAUUUACAACCGCUCUUUCCAAAUCAAAGCCAAAGCACCAAUAUUUGAUCGUCUAUCCCGCGAUCCGCGCACCAUUAGUGAAGACUUGAAGCAGGUUUAUAUCGGGAUGGGUGACAAUCGUGAUCACAUCCACCUCUGGCAUCGACUGCGGAAGGAAUGGGACAUCAUCCCCACCCCUGAAAUCGAAUACAAAUGGCAUAUUGCAUUCACGCCACCAGAGACAGAGUUGAUCCUUGAUCGCAAAUCGGCAAAUGAGUUUAUGCUGAGAGAAGAGAUCGCCUGGCACGGGGAGGACCCUGUAACACCCCAUAGUUCAAAGACUUUUGGACGCGGGCCACAAGUUUCCCAUUGGAGCAGAGAGCGAGAGGUACAAGAACGAGGAUCUGGAGACUGCUGUGAAGCCUGCCUUUGGCUUUUGGUUGUUCUCCAUUGAUGUGCUUGGGCUGUUGCAGGAGGAGCAGGUUCUAUACAAUAGUUUGCCGCGGGUGUUGUGGGACUUUUCGGAGACUUGGCCGGAGCUUUAGAGAAAACCUUAUAACCUUUAGCGAAUUGGACGAGGGGCCUGAGGAUGCAAUAAAGAUCCAUGUCAAGACAUGUGCGUGAUAAUCACGCUGUAGAUAAAAAGCUAUUCUUGUUAAAUGGAGGGUUGGUGGCAAUUCCAGCAUUGGUUAGCCAGGACUUUGACAGUAUCCAAUGGGACCCAUGCGCAGGCUAGUUAGUAGUUUAGAUAGCCCGGGAAAAGCUGCAUCUCAAGCUAUCAUGUGCACUCAACCCUGGAAUUGAGUCUCUAGCAGGUCUUGCACAGAGCCCCUUUCCGUCACACCACUGCAAAG